AUGUCAUUCAUUCCACAAACCGAGUACCCCCUCAACACAGCCUCCCCCUUCCCCACCGAAGAACAGAAUCAUUCUCGUGUGAAAGACUACAUCACCAACACCUUAUCCAACCUCCUCACCGAACUCUGCUCCCCCGACGGCCACCCCUCCAUCACGGUCAAGCCCCGGUCCACAAAAGUCUCCAUACGGUUCAUAAACCCGCAGACCGGGGCCCUGGAGACCCAUGUCUCCGAGGCAUGCACCACAUACACCUGGCCGGGGAAAGACUGCUACGAGGCUUGGAGGUUCACGGUCGCAAUGCGAGUUCUAAGCGGGAUCGCUGACGCGGUGGACAAGGGAGUGGUGGUUUCGAAGAGCAGAGAUAUAUACUACAACGACCCGGCGAUAUUUGGAUCGCAGCGCAUCGUCGACAGACUGGUCGAUGACUUCGCGCAUACGGUUGGUGUGGAUCGAACCGCGCUGAACGUGGGCGCAGCAGCCAAGGGACUCGUCGUGGGAUGUUUCCAAUGGAGGAUCCAGGACCCAGCGAUGGUUGACGAUGCCCAUUUCUUCAAUCCGGAUACCCUUGUCCCGAGACCGCAGGAUAUCCAGGGUCUGGAGGUUUCCGAUAUCGAGUGGGUGCUCAUUCUGGAGAAAGAGGCAGUGUACCGGCGCCUCGCGGGGAUGAACUACCAUGUCCGAUCUAUGGCAGGUCUGGGUAUUCUGGUCACCGGCAAAGGCUACCCGGACCUCAACACACGAGCCUUCAUUCGCCGGCUUUACGACGAAAGCAGACGCCGGCAAGCAAGCAAACGAAUACGAUUCUAUGCGCUCGUGGACGGCGACCCUGAUGGGAUGGGAAUCAUGUCCACGUACAAGUACGGGUCCCUGGCAUAUGCGCACGAGAACAGCGCCCUGAACUGCCCGGACAUUCAGUGGCUUGGUCUCCGGACCUCGGACAUCGUGGCAGGAGUGGACCCCUCGGGGAACGAUGCCCUCCUCAGCCUGACCGAGAGAGACAGGAAGAAGAUCCUGGCUAUGCUGUCCAAUAAUCCAGUGUGGGCGGUGGAUGGCCCUGAGCAAGAAGCACGGGCUGAGUUGCUGCAGAUGCUGAUGCUAAACGUCAAGGCGGAGAUGCAGAUCCUCUAUGACGGCGACGGGGGGCUCGUCCGAUGGCUGGACCGCAGAAUGACGCACUUCCCGUGA